CAGUAUUCAUUAGAUUUCUGAAAUUUUUAUUUUUGAUACUAUAAACUCAGCUUUCGCUUGUGUUUUUGUUUGGUUUGAUUGGUUCAUACAAUACAAUGCCUUGGUGGGAUUUUUCUUCACUUUCUUCUGUUCGAAAUUUGAGAGUAAUGUUUAAGGUCUGUGGGGUUUUUGUUUUCAGAGUUUUAUACGUUAAACUAGUGUUAGAAUUCGUCUCAUGCGUGUGACCGUUUUGUUCAGAACUUCCAGGUGUAAGGGGAAACAGAGAAAUGGGUUUCAGUUUUAGACUAAGAAAUGAGUAUUUAAAGGCUUUUGUUUCGAGCCAAACAUUUUGAUUUGCAGCUCAUAGUUUUGUGAAGGAUUUAUGUAUGCCAAUGCAGAAUUCUUUUCAUAGAACUUCAUAUUUUAGAGCCAUUGUGAAUUAUAAUAGAUUUAUGUGAGUAAUUAUUAUCAGAAGGAUAACUCAAGUUGGAGGCUGCAUAUAUCUGCAAAUAGAAAUCAUUCGUUUACGGACAUUGGUUUUCCUCUCAUAGAUCAUCGGAACUCAGAGUGCAGAACGAUGGAGGCCCAGAAUGUUUCUCAUACUGUCAAGUCUCAUGGAGUUAGAGUUGCAAGGACACACAUGCAUGAUUGGCUGAUACUUUUGCUUCUUGUGGUUAUAAUUGCCAUACUCGCACUCAUGCAACCAUUUUACCGGUUUGUUGGCAAGGAUAUGAUGACUGAUCUUAGAUACCCCUUGAAAAGUAAUACAGUACCCUUUUGGACUGUUCCAUUGUAUGCAGGUUUCUUGCCUUUGGUGAUAUUCCUCUUUGUCUAUUGUUAUAGGAAUGAUGUAUAUGAUCUUCAUCAUGCGAUUCUAGGCCUCUUGUACUCUCUUUUAGUGACACAGGUUAUUACAGAGUCAAUUAAACUUGCAGUUGGUCGGCCCAGACCAGAUUUUUUCUGGCGUUGUUUUCCUGAUGGAAAGGAUGAAUAUGAUAAAUGGGGAAAUGUCAUAUGUCAUGGUGAUAAACAUGUGGUAAAUGAAGGGCAUAAGAGCUUUCCUAGUGGGCACACUUCAAUCUCUUUUGCCGGAAUGGUGUUCCUAUCACUGUAUUUAUCUGGAAAAAUAAGAGUGUUUGACCGCAAAGGCCAUAUUGCAAAAAUUUGUGUUGUCAUUCUCCCUCUACUUGUUGCUGCUUUAGUUGGCAUUUCUCGAGUUGAUGACUACUGGCACCACUGGCAGGAUGUCUUUGCAGGAGGUCUACUAGGGCUCACUGUGGCUACAAUUUGCUAUUUGCAGUUCUUCCCGGCACCUUACCAUGCUGAAGGUUGGGGACCUUAUGCAUACUUUCACGUGUUGUCGGAGCUAAAUGCAAGAACACAAGAAGCCAGUGCCGCAAAUUCACACUCUGUACCUACCCUCCCUGCACCUACCAUGGGUUCUCAGGCUUUGAAUGAACAAGAUGAAAGAACCAGUACCAGAAUUACUGGGUUACCCUCAGCAUUUAAUUCUGGUUCAUCAGAUAUAGAAACUGGUAGGAGAUAAAAUGUGAAUAUAUAUAUAUAUAUUCCACUUUCUGCCCCAUUGCAAAUUUGGAUUCUGCAGGAUAUAGCUUGUUUACAGAACUUUAAAGUUUUGUUCUUGGUUGGUAGAGUAGAAUUAUGCACCUACAACGCGUACAAAGUUCAGUAUAAACAAUGAUAUAUUAUCGUGUAAUUGAAUAUUAUUUUGUCUCUAAUUUAAAAUCACUAAAUUGUAUAAUAAUAUGUUAUUGUUUGUAUUCA